AUGCAUUCAAACACCAUUAUCUCGGCGGUUGUUGCGACUAUCGGCAUCUUUGCAACGGCUAUCUCAGCUGAGUGCACCGUUAAAUGGACAGACAACAAUUGCUGCUUCCGGGAUGUGAAGGCACGUACUUCUCAGGACGGGUGGUCUAACAUAGUCCCUGGUACCAAGACUGGCGGAGAUAUUCGCUUUGCAGAUGGAAAUUUGUGUCCCCCUGAGGUUGUGGCUACGUGCAGUGCCAACUGCUGUGACCCGACGACUGGCUGGGGAAAGGGCUGCCCGAAGUAG